AUGAGACCAAGUAGUUACCUCUUGGCAUUCGGUCACCAUCCACUGGGGCUUUUAAAAAUAAAUCCUGGGGCUUUUAAAAAUAAAUCCUUGUCUGGAAAUAAAACUGCUAUCAACAUUGAUAGUCUAUCAUUUUUGGUAUCACUACGUCGUAAUGGCAAACAUGAUUGUCAAGGUUCCAUUAUUGCCAGCAAUCUUAUCAUAGCACCAGCUCAUUGUGUUAACUGUGAAGCAACAAGUAAUCCAGAUCUUCAAGUUCUAGCUGGUACCAACAAUUUUAACAAUGAAAGUUCUGGUAAACUUUAUAAAGUAUCAAAUAUCACAUGCAAUGAACUGAAUCCAAAUGAUAAUAUUGCAUUUUUAACGUUGAGUCAAAAUAUUAGUACAAAUCAACGAACCAUUAGUCUACAAGGACCUCGACAACAAACUAUUAAAGAUAAUGACCGUACCAAAAAGUAUUUAGUUGGUUGGGGUUUAACUGAAAACAAUUCAAAGGCAAUAGAAAAAAUAGAGACAGCAGCUAAAAAUUCAUGUUUUCGAGAGCUUCAUAAAUUAAAUCUUCAAAAUUAUAUUUGUACACCUAUCAGACAAUAUGACAUUUGCAAGAAUAACAGUGAUGCUGUAUUGAUUUCAAACAACACCAUCAUUGGAAUGCCAACAAAAAUUGGUUGCAGUAAUGAAAAUAGAAAAUUCAAUAUUUUUACUCGUGUGGAAUUAUUAUUUCAUAUUAACUAAACAUUAUAAAUUUAUUAAUCACUAAAUUAAUACUUAACUUUCAACUGGUCCAUCAGAAUCAAUAAUCUAAAAAUUAUAAAAUCAUCAUGACA